AUGAAUUUGUCUUAUUAUCAGACUGAGCUGGUAAGAUUUCAAACCUUUUGGAUUAUAAUAUUGCACUUGAUGCGAUUUAGCUACGGAAACCAAGCGAGCACCAAGUUAUUAAAACCCGUCUACUUCCCUCUCGAACUCAUCCUUAACCGUGGGCUGCUUGUUUCGCCAUCAACAGAGUAUAGUAAGUAUGCGCUUGUGGCAACGAUAACUCAUCACGGGAGGGAACCCUCAAAGCAGUGGCGGAACCACAGGGGGGUCAGGGGGUCAGUUGACCCUCCGGCCGGUGGUCACCCGAGCGGAAAAUGGCUGCGUUUUGACGAUGCAUCGGUUGACUCUAUUCCUACCAACAAAGUCCUUCAUGAUCAAGCUUAUGUUCUCUUCUACAAGCAGCAGUAGAUUUUACAGGUCUUCUUCCCCCAAUUUUAGCUCCAUUUCGGCUUUACAAGUUUAUGGUAACGUGUC